GACUCGAGGCGCGAUGUCGGUGCCGCUGCUCAAGAUCGGGGUUGUGCUGAGCACCAUGGCCAUGAUCACCAACUGGAUGUCCCAGACGCUGCCCUCGCUGGUGGGCCUCAACACCACCAAGCUCUCUGCGGCCAGCGGCGGGACGCUCGACCGCAGCACCGGCGUGUUGCCCACCAACCCUGAAGAGAGCUGGCAGGUGUACAGCUCUGCCCAGGACAGUGAGGGCAGGUGUAUCUGCACAGUGGUCGCCCCCCAGCAGACCAUGUGUUCACGGGAUGCCCGCACGAAACAGCUAAGGCAGCUACUGGAGAAGGUGCAAAACAUGUCUCAAUCCAUAGAGGUCCUGGACAGGCGGACUCAGAGGGACUUGCAGUAUGUGGAAAAAAUGGAGAACCAGAUGAAGGGACUGGAGUCCAAGUUCAAGCAGGUGGAGGAAAGCCAUAAGCAACACCUGGCCAGGCAGUUCAAGGCGAUAAAAGCGAAAAUGGAUGAACUUAGGCCUUUGAUCCCUGUGUUGGAAGAGUACAAGGCCGAUGCCAAAUUGGUAUUGCAAUUUAAGGAGGAGGUCCAGAAUCUGACGUCAGUGCUUAACGAGCUGCAAGAGGAAAUUGGCGCCUAUGACUACGAUGAACUUCAGAGCAGAGUGUCCAAUCUUGAAGAAAGGCUCCGUGCAUGCAUGCAAAAACUAGCCUGUGGCAAGCUGACGGGCAUCAGUGACCCCGUGACCGUCAAGACCUCUGGCUCAAGGUUCGGGUCCUGGAUGACAGACCCUCUGGCCCCAGAAGGUGAUAACAGGGUCUGGUACAUGGACGGCUAUCACAACAACCGCUUUGUCCGCGAGUACAAGUCCAUGACCGACUUCAUGACCACGGACAAUUUCACGUCCCACCGCCUCCCGCACCCCUGGUCCGGCACAGGGCAGGUGGUCUACAACGGCUCCAUCUACUUCAACAAGUUCCAAAGCCACAUCGUCAUCCGGUUCGACCUGAAGACGGAGACGAUCCUCAAGACGCGCAGCCUGGACUACGCUGGUUACAACAACAUGUACCACUACGCCUGGGGCGGCCACUCGGACAUCGACCUCAUGGUGGACGAGAACGGGCUGUGGGCUGUCUACGCCACCAACCAGAAUGCCGGCAACAUCGUGAUCAGCAAGCUGGACCCCGUGUCCCUGCAGGUGCUGCAGACUUGGAACACCAGCUACCCCAAGCGCAGCGCCGGCGAGGCCUUCAUCAUCUGUGGGACUCUCUACGUCACCAAUGGCUACUCGGGGGGCACCAAGGUCCACUACGCCUACCAGACCAACGCCUCGACCUACGAAUACAUCGACAUCCCCUUCCAGAACAAGUACUCGCACAUCUCCAUGCUGGACUACAACCCCAAGGACCGUGCCCUGUACGCUUGGAACAACGGCCACCAGAUCCUCUACAACGUCACCCUCUUCCAUGUCAUCCGGUCCGACGAGUUGUAGUUGUCUCUGCCCGGAAAGCCUGGGGGGCCGAGGCCUCCCCCACGCGGACAUUCCUGCGGAAGAGCUGCCAAAAUUACCGAACGAUACUAAUAAUACUAAUUUCAAAACAGCAGCUGCAGCGUGGGCUCCGGCACCGCGUGGUGGCGUCACCUCCGUGUGCUUCUGGUUCGAGCGAGAGGGCGACACACUUGGGAAGAGACCCCCCC